CAGAGCAGCGGAAAGUUCUGGUAAGAUCGAAUCUCUGGAGUGAAACAGAAGCUGCACGGCGCAACAAAUUUGACUGUCAGUGACUCAAACAAGGAAAAUGAAGCUGUUCCUGGUGACGCUAAGCAUUUUGAUCUUUGUUAGCCUGAGUGAAUCCCGCUCCCUGAAGAGGAGGGAUGAUGGUGAUUUCUUCCACAGCCCCUUCUUCCACAGCCCUUUCUUCCACGAUGGUUUUUUCCACAACAUGAAUCUCGGCUUUGCUAAUUUCGACAAAGAGAUGAAAGACAUGACGCAGAAAACGAGAAAGUCAGUCGCUAAUGUCCUGGACGUCAGCGAGAGUACACUAAAACAGCCCAACUACAAGAACAGCAAGACAGUGAUAGGAAAGGAGGGCAAAUGGCACACGAAGACACAUGCUCGUGUCGCAAAUGAAGCCGAGAAGACACCGCAUUCAUCAUUUAAAUCAUCAUUUAUGUCAUACAGCAAAUCUGGGGAGAUGCACAGCAGUACGGGUGGUGGCAAGACGGCCAAGAAGCAUGUCUAAUGCAAGCAGCCCAGGAUCAAGUAUAUAAAUCAAACCAACAAAACCAAACCUUAUUUUCCUCAUCUUUGUACAAUUUCAUCACCUAAAGGCUGCAGGCCGCUUCGUGACAUCCACCGACCAGAAAUUGAUCCUGCGUGAUCGCUACCGGAAGAGGACGAUUUUGAUGAUUCUGAUACAACCUACCAUUUCGCAAAGCCCAAUUAUUGGUAGACUGACUAACUGACGGACUGACUGACUGACAUACAGACACCACUUUCAAUCGAUAGCUAUUUCUGACAUAGCUCCGCUGGCAAAGGCUUUUAUUUUAUGGGUACUCUUUAUUUCUGUACUUUUCUCAAUGGACAAUAAACUUGCUUCUACUCAAA